UCAUUACAUCAAAGACGCAAAGAACAAUACUAUAGUAUAAAACUUGGUCGCAUCUCUUUUUAUUUCCGGUAGGCUGUAGCGUUGCAACAAAGACCCUCAAAGCGUACCCAAGGUCAUCAUGGAUGUCAAACACCAAGGCCUCUACCAAGGCCCCAACGGAGUCAACGCCGAAGAACCAUUUCCCACCGCAAUCUACCAGCAACCAGUGACAGUGGAACGCAAACCAUUCAUACCCUCAAAGCAGGAUAAGUUGAAAGACGCCGGCACAGCCAGGGCCAACAUCGCUGCUGACACCAGAUGUCCCAAUGGAACACUUGAAGGAGACUUUGCCGAACGACACAAACACCAGACCGUCGUCCAGCAGCACUGCGACUACUUUGACACCGACCACGACGGAAUCCUGUGGCCCUCCGACACAUACAAUGGCUGUCGGAAAUGGGGAUGGAACAUCUUCUUAAGCCUUCUAGCAACCUUCAUCAUCAAUUUCAAUCUGUCCUACCCAACUGUACCAGGCUGGCUGCCGGACCCCUGUUUCCGCAUCUACCUCAACCGUGUGUACAAGUGCAAGCACGGCAGCGACAGCAUGACAUACGACAACGAAGGCCGCUUCAGAUCGCAGAACUUUGAGGACAUCUUUGCCAAAUACGACCGCGACAACAAGGGCGGCUUGACGGUAGCAGAUGUGAAAGAUUUCAUUAGAGGUCAAAGUAUGGUUCUGGACUUGUUCGGAAUCAAUGCGACUAUUUUGGAGUGGACUGCAGUGUACUUGCUGCUCUGGCCCGAGGACGGAAUCAUGAGGAAAGAAGACAUUCGUGGUAUUUAUGAUGGCAGCAUCUUCUACAAGAAGGCCGACGAGUAUGCGAUCAAGACUGGCAAGGAACCACAGCCAAAGGUGAAGAAGUUGAAGUGAUUCUUCAAGCAAGAUUGUUACUGUAAUGGUAAGGGUGAGAUUUGGCCGAAGAAACACCGGUAGAAUCAUC